GGAAACGUCUGGACCAUGAAGGUGGCCUUCAGAUUGCUUCUCCCGCUUGUUCUCGUGCUGAUCUCGGAGCACCGGGUCCCCCCUCCAUCUUCCCCGACUGCCCCCGAGAAUGCUACUGCCCCCCGGACUUCCCCUCUGCCCUCUACUGUGACAGCCGCAACCUGCGGAAGGUCCCCAUCAUCCCGUCCCGCAUCCACUACCUCUACCUCCAGAACAACUUCAUCGACGACCUCCCCGAGGAGUCCUUCAGGAACGCCACCGGGCUGAAAUGGGUCAACCUAGACAACAACCGCAUCCGGAAGGUGGACAGGCGGGUGCUGGAGAAGCUGGAAAACCUCAUCUUCCUCUACAUGGAGAAGAACCAGCUCAAGGAGGUGCCUGCUUUCUUGCCGCCCAACCUGGAGCAGCUGCGUCUGAGCAGGAACCAGAUCUCCAAGAUCCCCGCUGGGGUCUUCAACAAGCUGGAGAACCUGGUGCUCCUGGAUCUGCACCACAACAAGCUAAGCGAUGGGGUCUUCAACAAAAACACCUUCAAGGGACUCAAGAACCUCAUGCAACUCAACCUCGCCCACAACAUCCUGAGGAAAAUGCCCCCCGGGGUGCCCAGCGCCAUACACCAGCUCUUCCUGGACAGGAACAACAUUGAGGACAUCCCCAGUGACUACUUCAAGGAGUUCCCCAACCUGGCGUUCAUCCGGCUCAACUACAACCAGAUCUCUGACAAGGGGCUCCCCAAAAACUCCUUCAACCUCACCAACCUGCUGGUGCUGCACCUGGCCCACAACAAGCUCACCAACGUCCCUUUCAUCAGUGCCAAGCUGGAGCACCUCUACCUGAACAACAACUCCAUUGAAAAAAUCAACGGGACGCAGAUCUGCCCCACCUCGCUGAUGUCCAUCCACGACUUCUCCCCCUCCGACCUGGACAGCGUCCCCCGGCUCCGGUACCUGCGGCUGGACGGGAACCUCCUGAAACCCCCCAUCCCCUUGGACCUGAUGAUGUGUUUCCGCCUCCUGCAGUCCGUGGUUUUCUAACCCUGCGCCUCUCCCAGGACUUGGCUUUGCACAGAGACUCGACCCCCGUCGGUGUUUAAUACGUGGGACCCCAUUUGUGUCCCUCACCCCCGCCUCCAUCCCUCUUGCCUUUCCCUUUCCUCCCCUGCAGUGG